AUGUCUACUCACGGACCUCUUUACUCUGCCACGCCGGUUACCAUGUCGUGUCCUACAGGAGCUGCAGGAGCUGCUUCAGAAGAUAUGCGGACUCGCAUCGACUUGAAGAGCGUUCCCAGCGAACUCUGUGGCUUUGAGGGCACCUGGUGGCGCAGCUCGUCAUUCAGGCACGGCUACAUGCUCGCGUACCCGGCGUGCUUCAACGUCAGGGGUGACCACAACUCCGAGACGAUCAAUUUCACCGGCUCGCCCCUGACCUCCGCGCGCGCUGCAUCGUUCGCGCGGAAUCUUACCCAUCUCUCUCGCGAGUCCAUCUUCAUUUGCCUGCGGCGGGGACACUACUCACUGCGUUGUUUCCCCGCGUCUUUGGAGACUUUGAGCGAGACGGCUCGCAUUAGAAAUAGUCUGUUGGGAACCAACGGCACUGCAGCUGCCCAAUUACUCGACACAGAGUCAAUGGCGGCGGUGUCGUAG